AUGUCCGAAGAUCUCCUUGCAAGAAUUGAAGUCUACGAGAAGACCUUGGCUCAGGAGGGACUACCAAAAGAUCCUCUGGUCCGCAAACGUCUCCAGCAAUCUGCACAGAGGCUGUCACGCUCCCUCGAGGAUAAUUUUGAUCUGACACAUCGCCUAUUGUGUUCUGUCCCUGUGGAACUUGCAGUUACUCGCAUUGGAAUCAACAUGGGGAUCUACCGGAUGCUGGCUUCGAGCGGAUCUCCUGUACCGUUUGAGAAACUCCAGAAAUCGACUGGAGCCGACCCAAGCCUUCUCUCCCCCAUUCUCAACGCACUAAUUGCAUUCAAGUCUGUCGUCGACAAGCCUCAAUCAGAAGGUCUAGCAUACUCGCUCCCAGACAGCGCAAGGUAUCUGGCCGACCCGAUAUUCUCCAAGGCAUAUCUCGAGUGCAUGGACUUCAUGGUUCCGUCUUUCACAGCAUUGCCUCAGAAGCUUGCUGCAGAGCAGUACAAGUCACCGCAGACUGAUCCACAACACGCUGCUCUCCAGGUGGCACAUCAGCAAGAAGGGACAACGAUCUUUGAUUUUCUUGUCGCCAACCCUGACGUUGCGUCUUCAUUCUCUCAACUCAUGACCACAUGGGGCCUUCAUGACCCUCAACUUCACGAGAUAUAUCCCAUCGAUCGUUUACAGAGUGGCUUUGAGUCUUCGAACUCCGAUGUGAUAUUGGUCGAUGUUGGCCGUAUCAUAGUCCAAGACUUGCUGCAAAUCAUUGCCAAUGCACCACCAAGCAACUUAGUUGAGCAUCAAGUCCACGACUUCUUUACAGAACAGCCUGUCAAAGGUGCAAGGGCUUACUAUCUUCGCCGGGUGCUUCACGACUGGAACGACGAAGAAGCAGUGAAGACUCUCACGAAUUUGAAUGAUGCUAUGACUCCAGAAUACUCGAAAGUUCUCGUGCAUGAUCAUGUACUACCGGACUCGGGGCAAGAGAUAGUGCCCGUUGCUCAGGACAUCACGAUGAUGACGCUUUGUGCAACGAGAGAGCGAACGAACGGGAGUGGGAGGCCCUGCUUUCUAGAGCUAGGCUGA